AUGCAGGACCUGUUUGCAUAUGUGGACGAUCUCUCGACUCGUUUGUCAGAAGCCGAGUACGAACUUCGUGAUCGAAAAGACGUGAUCAAGUUGACACGCGACCGUAUCGAAGAGUUCAAGAAGCAGAUCCAAGUUUUGGAAGCUGAGAAGUCUCGUCAUGCCUUCGCAUCCGUUUUGAUCGAUGGUGAUUGUAUGCUGUUCAAUGAUGACCUUGUGAAAGCCGGACUAGAAGGUGGAAAGAGAGCCGCCCACUUACUCAAACAAGCUGUUGAGGAAGAACUUCGAUCAUCUCCACCUGCGUUGGCCCACCAUACCCAGGUGGUCAUUCGUGUUUACGCGAACAUGAAGGGCCUGGCGAAGACAUACAAAGACGCGGAGAUUCUCCCACAAUUAGCGUCCUUUGACGAGUUCGUGCGUGGUUUCAACAUGGGCGACCCCAUGUGUGAUUAUGUUGAUGCUGGCAACGGCAAAGAGUGCUCGGAUGAGAAGAUCAAGGGUAAGCCAUGUGUCAUCCAAACAAAACGCCAAAUGCUUACAACACGCAGCAAUGUUCCGGCACGAUCUAGCGGACAUGCACUGCCACCAAAUCUUGUUCGGCGGCUCAGCCGAUAA